UGGAUGAGACACGAAGAUUUCAAGUGUUUGUUUAAACUGACACAACUUUUUUUAGAAUCGAUAACAGUAAGCAGGCUGAAAUACUUCUUGAAAAAUUUGGAAUCAGUAACAAGCAGUUUCAUUGAAAAGGAGAUCAGACUGUUGCUGUGGGUGUUUCCUGACUUAAAAAGGUUCAAAAGAAACAGAGGCAGAGUUUCAGCUCAGUUGGGGGGAAGUCACACUGUUGCUACAACAGAACAGGAGAUGCAUGGUAGGAUUUAUGCAGCGUCAUUAACUGUGUUGCUUUUAUUCCACCUCUAGUAGUUGUUAGUAGACUGACCACUGUUAUGUGCUCUUGCAGCUGAUUUAACAUAAGCAAAUGUAUUCAAACCAGCAAAUCCAUCAAAUGGAAUUACACAUAUGUGGCAUCUCUUAAAGAAAACUCCACUAGAGUAUAACUGGUGGAUCUGUAGCGCUGAGGAGACUUACUAAUCAUGAUAAACGCUACAACAUCUGCAUAUUUCAGCCUUACUGCCUACUUUGACGCUGCAGUUUUUAAGUACUUGUAUUUCCUGAUUAUUUUUUCUUUAUAUAUUUUGAUUGUCAGUGCCAACCUUCUGCUCAUCGUGGUUAUCUGUAUGAACAGGAGCUUACAUGAACCUAUGUACAUGUUCCUGUGCAGUCUGUUUGUAAAUGAACUGUAUGGUAGUUCAGGGUUGUUUCCGUUCCUUCUGACUCAGAUUCUCUCUGACAUUCACACUGUUUCUGCUUCUCUUUGUUUCCUGCAGAUCUUCUGUGUGUAUACAUAUGCAAGUAUAGAAUUUAGUAAUUUAGCCAUCAUGUCUUAUGACAGAUAUCUUGCUAUCUGUUGUCCUCUACAGUAUAACACACGUAUGACAUCAAACAGGAUUGUCAUUCUUAUUGCUCUGACAUGGUUAUACCCAUUUCUUGCUAUUUUUAUUUUGAUAUCUUUAAGUGCCUCUUUACAGCUGUGUGGGAACACCAUUAACAAAGUGUACUGUGACAACUACUCUAUUGUCAAACUGGCCUGCUCUAACACAACAGUAAAUAACAUUUAUGGAAUAAUUUACACUGUUACAUUAGUUAUUAUUGUUCUUGCAAUAUUUUACACAUAUAUAAAGAUUCUUAAAGUUUGUUUCUUUGGUUCUAAACAGACGAGACAGAAAGCUCUCAGUACCUGCACACCUCACCUCGCUUCUCUGAUCAACUUUUCUUGUGGGUGUUUCUUUGAAAUUGUACAAAACAGGUUUAAUAUGAAGCAUGUACCUCAUAUGUUACGCAUCUUUUUAUCAUUAUACUGGCUGACAUGUCAACCGAUCUUCAAUCCUGUACUCUAUGGACUGAAUAUAACCAAAAUCCGCAUUACCUGUAAAAAUAUUGUGUUUGGUAAGAUGUGA